AUGUAUCUAUGGAUUUUUUCGUAUCUUUGGCUACCGAUGCUUUGUGGGGCGAUUCAAUGUUACUCCGGAAGCCAACUUCAGAUAAUUGAAUGUCCAUCGUUGAGUUGCAUUAAGCAGACACUCGGAUUCGAUACGAUUAGGUACUGCGAUGGGACUGGAGUGUCGUCGAUUUGUCAGACCUACCGCAUUCAAGAGACAUGCGAAUCUAUAAACAAUCUCGGAUUCAUUUGCUGUUGUUCGGGAAAUCUGUGCAACUUUUCCACAACAUCAUAUAGUUUCGUUCCAUUAUCUGUGUUCUUUAUUUUCUUUCUGUAUCGAUUUAUUUGA